ACAUUUUUCAUAUCCUUCAUUCAUCAUCUUCACUAUCUUCAUAUUUCCAGCACAAAAUCUAAUUCUACAAUAUUAUUGAUUUUCCUUAUACAAAAAGCCUUCCUAUCUUGUAAGAUCCUCCCUCCAACAUAAACUGCAUCCUCACAAACCACAUAGCUCCAGGUCUCUCUCUCUCUCUCUCUGGUCCUUCUGGGUCUGUGUGUCAAUGGAGAGUAGGGCUUAAACAUCUUCUUUGCCUGUGUGUCUGUUUCUGUGUGUUCUACUUAUGGCUUCUUUCCUGUUGUAUUGUAAUCAUCCCAAAUAUAUGAAACCAAGUGCCCUUCAUGACUUUAUACCCAGAUGGAACCUCAGUAGAACCUCAAAACUUCUCAUUUCAAGAAAACCCACCUCACCAAAACCCACUACAGUUCUUCUAAGAUGCACUACGUCUUUCUCAAGCUUGACUUCGAAAGCAGAAGAUCAAGAAGCAGCACCACCGCUCAGGGAGGUUUGGAAGGAAAUCCAAGGGUCUAAUGACUGGGAAGGACUAUUAGAUCCCAUGAAUCCAAUCCUCCGAAAAGAGAUCCUUCGAUGUGGCGAAUUCGCGCAAGCCUGUUACGAUUCCUUCGACUUAGAUCCUCGUUCUAAGUAUUGUGGAACUUGUAAAUACCAAGGUGCCCAUUUCUUCGAAAAGCUAGACAUGGAAGAUCGAGGCUACCAAUUGAGUAGAUACCUCUACGCAACGUCAAACAUCAACCUCCCAAACUUCUUUCAGAAAUCAAAAAUGAGUAGUGUAUGGAGCCCACAUGCUAAUUGGAUGGGCUACGUUGCAGUAUCAACAGAUGAAGAAGAGAUCAAACGGUUAGGAAGACGCGACAUUGUUAUAGCAUGGAGAGGUACGGUCACAUACCUUGAAUGGAUUGCAGAUCUCAAAGAUAUCCUUCACCCAGCAAAUUUUGGCGAUGACCCAUCAAUUAAAAUCGAGUCAGGCUUCUUUGAUCUCUAUACCAAGAAAGAACAAGAUUGCAAAUACUGUUCUUUCUCUGCUAGAGAACAAGUAUUAGCUGAAAUUAAGAGAUUGAUCGAAAGAUAUAAAAGAGAUGAGUUGAGCAUUACAAUCACAGGCCAUAGCCUUGGAGCAGCAUUAGCUCUAUUAAGUGCUUAUGACAUUGCAGAGAUGAAGGUCAACAUUAGAGACGACAGUGAAAACCAGAGUAGAAUUCCAAUCUCUGUUUUCUCAUUUGGGGGUCCUAGAGUGGGUAAUCUUAAGUUCAAAGAAAGAUGUGAUGAGCUUGGAGUGAAAGUACUUAGAGUGAUCAAUGUUCAUGAUAAGGUUCCUACAGUACCAGGGAUCUUUACAAAUGAGAAGUUCCAGCAUCAAAAAUACAUUGAAGAUGUAAUUGAUUUCCCUUGGAGUUAUGCUCAUGUGGGUGAAGAGCUUGUUUUGGAUCAUAAAAAUUCUCCUUUUCUCAAGCCCAGUGGAGAUCUUGGUUGUGCUCACAAUCUGGAGGCUUAUUUACAUCUUGUGGAUGGAUUUCAUGGCAAGGGACAGAGGUUUUACUUGGCAACUAAGAGAGAUAUCGCACUUGUUAAUAAGAGUUGUGAUUUCUUGAGAGAUGACUAUAAUGUGCCGCCUCACUGGAGGCAGGAUGAGAAUAAGGGGAUGGUGAGGAGUGCCGACGGUCGGUGGAUCUUGCCGGAGAGACCUAGGAUGGAAGCUCACCCACCUGACACUGCCCAUCAUCUUGAACAGGUGCUUAAGGUUGUGAAUUCACCCAUGGAGUAACUUUACUUUGAUAUUUUGAUUAACUUUGUGGGUUUCAAUUUCCACUUCUUUUAGUCCUAGAUGUGGAUGUAGAUGUAGAUCAUUGUGGCUGGUUCUUGAUCCUGCCAGACUUGUUUAUGUGUAAUUCAUAUCCAUUUGCUGAUUGAAGAUCUGAUUUAAGAUUAAUACUA